AAAAGAUUUCUCUCCAUGUACUGUGGUCAACAAAAUAGGUUUGACUCCUUUUCUUUACAUUGUAGUCCUUGGCUGUGUGAGGAAGUCAUGUUGGGUCACAACAUGAGGAGCAGUUUUCUGGAGUCGGAUUUGUCUGAUGUGUCGGAUAUACACAACUUCUCGUACUUAAACAGAGUAAAGAAAUCCUCACCUACGUCCAGUUCAUGCCCGAGUGAGGUGAGCUCAGAAUGCAGCGAGAAUCUAAACAGUACGUUCUUCAGCGAGAACAGCUCAGAUUGUGGGGACGAGAUCCCCCUUGACAUAGUGGCAGAACUUCAGGAGACCUUGUUUGGAGAUAUUUCUUCAUCUCUUGUCAACAUCCUGAAUGGUACUGAAGAAGAUACAUGUCUUAUAGACAGUACUCCAUGGACGACUGCAGUAGACACAGUUACAUCAAUAUCAGAUCUCUCAACUCCAUCAACAUCUUCAGCAUCAAGUCACAAAAGUUCAACUUCACAAAGUAAAAAAAACUGUGUCAACUUUAAAAAUCUCAAAUGGAGCACAUUACCUGAUGAUGAAAAAACAACAGUCAUUGAGGACCUUAGUCGAGUAAUCAGUAAUGAAUUGGGUCUUCGAGAGCAAUUGGAGGUCAUACGAAUUAUAAACCCAACAGCACAUGUAUCACCAACAGACAAAGAGUUUGUUAUAGAUGUAUACUCCAUAGAUGAUGAAAAGCUGCAGAAAAUUCAGGACUACAUAGCUGGACAUGCACAGAGCCCUAGUAUACCAAACGAGGGCAAUUCUAACAUCUCACCAAAGAAACACAGUAAACAAAGCAAUAAGAAACAGGUUACACAAGAAAAGAAAGCAAGACAGAAAUUUUACAAGCAACGACAACGAAAAGAGUACCGCCAGAUGUUGAAAGAGAAACGAAGUGGUCUGUUUGCCAGAGAAGAAGUUCUGUCAGUGUCGGAGAUAGAGCCGGGGGAUGGGGAGGGAGAUAUAGACAUUCUAGGAUAGCAGACCCCAUAUAUCACAGACAGAGCCAGGGUAGGGGAGGAUAUAGACAUUGUAGCAUACCCUAUAUCCUCCAAUCCUAAGACUGCCAUUAUCUUGUGACACAGUGUUCAUUUUGAGGAGAAUCCUUUCUUUCAGUGACUGAUAGCAGUGCUAUUUUUUCUGAGAUGAUAAAAUUUAAGUGUACAUGUACCAAUGUCAGCAUUAUGUAAGACUCUAUUGAGUCAUAAGUUUUAUACUUUGAUUUGAUGAUUUUAACAUUUCUUGGAAUUUUUUUGGUCUAUCAUCCUUCUUGAUCAAGUUGAUUUGAUUGUAAUAUAAAAUGGUUGUUUUAUAUUACUGCUAGGAAAACUGUCUCAAUGUAUUUAUUUAAGGUCAUGAAAGUGCUCUAUGAUGUACUCAAAGUACUUCACUUGAUGAGAGCUAAGUGGGGUAGUGCACUUAAAAGGGGUUCAUAAAGUUAAACAAAACUGAUAUUGAUGAUUUUUGUAUUUAG